CUGAUUGCCGCGGUGUUCACGCUGCGGGGAGUGGCGCUCUUCUAUCUGACGCUGGUGGACAACACCAGCGGACUCCUCAUCUUUACCGUCAUCUACGGACUCGACUGGUUCGCCACGGUUCCGCCGGUGGUUACCCUCGCCGGCCAGACCUUCGGCAAGCAGUCCAUCGGCCGGAUCUACGGCUGGAUCUUUCUGUCGCACCAGAUAGGCGGGUUCGCCAUGGCCAACGCCGGCGGCCUGCUGUACGACUACGUCGGCAACUAUGAGAUGGCGUUCUUCGCCGGCGGUUUUAUGGGACUGAUGGCCGCGGCGUUCGCCCUCAGCAUCCGGCCCAAGCAAGCGAUACCGCCGUUGGGACCGACGCCUGCCGGGGCCGCCGCGUAGGUAGCGUUCCUUGCCGUUGGCAGCGGGCUGCUCGCACCGGGCUACCCUCACCCCGACCCUCUCCCAGAGGGAGAGGGGGUCGGAGGGCGGUGAAACGAAACUCCGCGAAAAGUCUCGGACUUGGGUCGGCGCGCGGUGUCGGCGUUACGAUCGCUUGUCCUUCUUCGCGGCGGCGUCGAGAUCGUAAACGGCCUGCCAGGGCACCGAGCAGUGGGCCCAGACCAGGGGCUCGAACUUCUCCCACCACUCCACGUCACGCCCUUCCAUGCUCAGCACCCGCACCAUGCGCACCAUGUCCUGGAUCUGGUAUUUCUCCAGGGCGGGCUGGAAGGACGGCAUGAUGCCUUUGCCUUCCUUGAUGAUCCGGCGGAUCUCGAACACGUCGCGGUUGUCCACGGUGUGGCGGAAAUCCGGCACGUUGGCCGAGAGCGCCUUGGCGAUGGGGCCGUCGCCUCUGCCCGCCGGGCGUGGCAGCUCGCGCAGCGCUGGGCGU